CAGCGAACCCCUGCAGGUUGACCAAAAAGAACGAGCGUCUGCUUAAGUUACGUGCACUGACAGCAUUCUUCGCACUUUUAAAAAGCUGUGGCCGAGACAAAGCAAAAGGCUAAGGCCAGCUAUUUGAGAGUACAGCUGUAUUUAAGAGAUCUCUGUCCGUCAGUAGCCAUAAUCUCCCACUAAAGCUCCGUACUGGUGGCAAAUAAAGCAAAUACAAGGAAAUGGGCAGUGAGGCAGCAGUGGAAGAACUUCCAGCAGCACUGACACUGAGAGCGACUGCAGGACCCUGUGAAGGCACCAAUUACUCCAAAGCAGGCCCUCUGCUCACUGUUGGGCGCACUCGCGCUAGCAAGCUGCACAUCAAGGACAGUGCAGUCUCUGAGAAGCACGCUGAGCUGCGCUGGGAAGGCGGCCACUGGAACCUGACCGACGUUGGCAGCUCCAAUGGCACAGCAGUCAACGGAAAGAAGCUGGCAGAAGGCAUCGCGUUGCGUCUGAAGGAUGGAGACAUCAUCCUCUUCGGCAGCGACUCGCUGCUGACUGUGGAGCUGAUACCCGCCUUCAGGGAGCAUACCACUGUGGAGCAGCACCUAAGAUCAGAGUGCGAGCUGCUCAUGCAACGCGUGCGGGGCCGGGCUGAGCAGCAUGCCAACGAGCUGCUGGAGUCCUGGAGGAAGACUAAGCAGGAACUGCUUGCAACCUGAUGGCGUUUUGUAUUGCCUGCUUUGAGAUUGUGGUGCCUGGUUUGUAUCCCACCCCUUGCCAUUGGACAUAUUACAAUAUAGAAGAAUACCUAUAGGAGCAUGCUCACUGUUUGUGCGCACUGUUUGUAUUCAAAAAAAAAUCUCUCUCCGCAACACUCAGCUGAAU